AUGCUCCUGAAGCUGCUGUCGCUGCUGCUGCUGGCCGCCCAGCUGCACCUCUCCCUGGCCCAGCCGCCGGCACCUGCCGCCGCUGCCCCGCCACCGCCCCGGCCCCGGCCAGACCCUCCCCCCGGGCCGCCCCGCCGCCCCCCGCCGCCCCGCGGGGCCAGCGGUGUCGUGCGGCGCCUCGACCCGACCUACGCGGGGGGCGGCAAGGCGGGGUACGUGCUCUACGCCGGGGGCCAGCGCUUCCUGCUCGACCUGGAGCGCGACGAGGCGGUGGGGCAGCGGGCCGGCGGGCCGCCGCGCUGCUACUACCGCGGCACGGUGGACGGCAGCCCGCGCUCCCUGGCCGUCUUCAACCUGUGCGGCGGCCUCGACGGCUUCUUCGCCGUCGGCCGCUCCCGCUACACCGUCAGACCGGCGCGGCGCGGCGCGGAGGCGGCUGGCCCGCGGAUCUACGGGGAGGGCCCUGCCCGCGCCCCUCACCUCUUCCGCAGGGACCGCUUCAGCUUCGAGACGGUGCCGGCCCGCACCAGCUGCGAGACCCGCGACCCGGUGGCGGCGGCGGGGGCAGCGCAGGACGGCCGGCGGAGGCGGCGGCGGCGCCGCUCCGUCUCCCGGGCCCGGCAGGUGGAGCUGCUGCUGGUGGCCGACGCCUCCAUGGUCCGCAAGUACGGGAAGGGGCUGCAGCACUAUCUGCUCACCUUGUCCUCCAUCGCGUCGCGGCUCUACGCGCACGCCAGCCUGGAGAACCAUGUCCGGCUGGCCGUGGUGAAGGUGGUGGCCCUGGGCGAGAAGGAGAAAGGGCUGGAGGUCAACAGGAAUGCCGCUACCACUCUCAAGAACUUCUGCAAGUGGCAGCAUCAGCACAACCGCCUCGACGAUGACCACGAGGAGCACUACGACGCUGCCAUCCUCUUCACCCGCGAGGAUUUAUGUGGGCAUCAUUCAUGUGAUACUCUGGGAAUGGCAGACGUUGGGACCAUAUGCUCUCCCGAGCGCAGCUGUGCAGUGAUUGAAGAUGAUGGCCUCCAUGCAGCUUUUACAGUGGCUCACGAAAUUGGGCACUUGCUUGGUCUUUCCCAUGAUGACUCCAAAUUUUGUGAGGAGAACUUUGGCUCCAUGGAAGAUAAGCGCUUGAUGUCCUCCAUUCUGACUAGCAUUGAUGCUUCAAAACCCUGGUCCAAGUGCACUUCAGCAACUAUAACAGAAUUUUUCGAUGAUGGUCAUGGUAACUGUCUGCUGGACCAACCAAGAAAGCAGAUCCUGGGCCCUGAGGAGCUCCCGGGACAAACCUAUGAUGCCAUUCGUCAGUGCAAACUGGCGUUUGGACCUGAGUACACAGUGUGUCCCGGUAUGGAUGUGUGCUCCCGCCUCUGGUGUGCAGUUGUUCGCCAAGGUCAGAUGGUGUGUCUGACUAAGAAGCUUCCUGCUGUGGAGGGAACGCCAUGUGGAAAAGGGAGGAUCUGCCUCCAGGGAAAAUGUGUUGACAAAACCAAGAAGAAAUACUACUCAGCUUCAAGCCAUGGGAACUGGGGGUCCUGGGGUCCUUGGGGCCAGUGCUCCCGUACCUGCGGCGGAGGAGUUCAGUUUGCUUAUCGUCACUGCAAUAACCCGGCUCCCAGGAACAACGGCCGGUACUGCACCGGCAAACGGGCCAUCUACCGCUCCUGCAACGUCGCGCCCUGCCCAGCCAACACUAAAUCUUUUCGACAAGAGCAGUGUGAAGCAAGGAAUGGCUAUCAGUCUGACUCCAAGGGUGUCAAGACAUUUGUUGAAUGGGUCCCCAAGUAUGCUGGAGUACUUCCCGGAGACGUUUGCAAGCUCACCUGCCGAGCCAAAGGAACUGGCUAUUACGUGGUAUUUUCUCAAAAGGUAACCGAUGGUACCGAAUGUCGACCGUACAGUAAUUCAGUCUGUGUCCGGGGAAAAUGCGUCCGAACUGGCUGUGAUGGCAUCAUCGGUUCAAAGCUCCAGUAUGACAAAUGUGGGGUGUGUGGAGGAGACAAUUCCAGCUGCACAAAAGUCAUGGGAACCUUUACCAAAAAGAGCAAGGGCUACACAGAUGUAGUGAAAAUCCCAGAAGGGGCAACGCACAUCAAAGUUCGGCAGUUCAAGACUAAGGACCAGAGCAGGUUCACUGCCUACCUGGCCCUGAAAAAGAAAAACGGUGAGUACCUUGUCAAUGGCAAAUAUAUGAUCUCCACUUCAGAAACAAUCAUUGACAUCAAUGGGACUGUCAUGAACUACAGUGGCUGGAGUCACAAAGAUGAUUUCUUGCAUGCAAUGGGACACUCUGCCACAAAAGAGGUUCUUAUUGUGCAGAUACUUGCGACUGAUCCCACUCAACCAGUGGACGUCCGCUACAGUUUCUUCGUGCCAAAGAAGCAAGGGCAAAUGACUAACUCUGUCACUGGCAGUGGCAGCAGCAGCAGCAAAGUAACUCCCCAGCUGAUGCAACCCCGCUGGGUUACGGGGCCAUGGCUUUCUUGUUCUCGAACAUGUGACACAGGAUGGCACACCAGGACUGUACAGUGCAAAGACGGGCAUGGAAAAUUAGCUAAGGGAUGUCUUCUCUCUCAGAGACCGUCAGCAUUUAAACAGUGCUUGUUGAAAAAGUGUUAACCUGUGUUUGUGAUCUU